UUGGGAGAAGAAACCUCUCUGCGGCCAUCUCAGUGUUAAGAACAAUUGGAAAUCAACGUUUUCGCACCAUGGCAGAAAAUUUCACUAGCAUUCUAGAGGCACCACCUCAUCUCGACCCUGAAGUUCCACUUCCCUUGUACUUGGCUGACACUGCUGUAAACACUGUUUCAUCAGUUGCAACAAUCAUCGGCAACGUUCUCAUUAUAACCGCGUUACGCAAGAUUCCUUUGACGCAAGUCCAUGCCGUGUUCAAGAUAUUCAUUUUUAACCUCGCUUUAGCCGACUUGGGAGUCGGAAUUAUUGUGCAACCAUUGUUCAUUUCAACUGUUCUUGCAACUCUCAGUGGCUGUGCAAACGCUGUGCGCAUUCUCCGUGUGAUGUUUUACCUGAGCAACUUCUAUUUGCCAAAUAUGUCUUUAGUCCUUCUUACUGCAAUAGCGAUCGAUCGAUUCCUGGCCUUGCAUUUUCCUUUACGAUACCGCAACCUGGUGAAAGUCAAAAACAUUAUAGCAUCUCUUUCGUUCAUUUGGCUUUGGACCCUUGCUAGCACUUCGCUCAUCGUUUACGACAGUACCAUGUACAAUAUCAGCGCUAACUGUGCUUUAGCGUUGUGCUUAUCGACAAUAACAUUUUGUUACCUUAAGAUUUACCUAACACUCAAACGCCAUGAUAAAACUGUACGAGGAUUCGUUGCACCACUUCAAGCUUUACAAGCAAACUGUGAAACAGAAACGGUUCGGACGGCAACACGUUUUAAUAUCUUGCGUUAUAGGCGUUCUGUGUAUAACAUGUUGUAUGUCUACUUCGCUUUUGUUCUCUGUUAUCUGCCAUUUUUUUGCAUAUUGAUCGUGAUUCAUUUACGAGGAAUAGAAAGGGCAACCAAGUUAUCUCGCAUUUUGGGAGUUACGUUGAUUUUUAUCAACUCGUCUGUCAAUCCGUUCCUUUACUGUUGGAAAAUACGCGAGAUCAGGCGUGUAGUAUCAAGAACACUUAAAAACAUCUUUGGCAAAUAAUUUUUACAACCCCCUUUUUGCUCGAUUACAUAUGUUUUCUUCAGGUCAAGAAAUAAGGAAUUUGAAAUGAGCCAGCGUCCAUUCAUUGGAUGCUUUUGAAAUGAGCCAGCCUGUUAGAUAUUUUUUCUUGUCUAUUUUACUUCCCAUCAUAGAAUCGUCUCCGAGUAUUGUAAUCAAUAUUUUCAAACGAAGAUUGGACAUAACGGUCGACGUGGCUAUAACUUUACAGUGGAACGAUAUCAUACGGGCAAAAUUGGUCGAUUUUAGAAAUUGAGGACCAAAGGGAUUUUCUCUUGAAAACGCAGAAAAAAAACAGCAGGAAAUACCUAACAACUUUUUCUUUAAAUAUUAAGGAACCAUUUUUUAUGACUCGUAUCUUAAUGAAGUUUGCUGGUGGUGGAACUGAAAAAUUCGAGGUAUCUUUUUCAAGAUGGAAAAGCUUUAAAGUAAUUAUGAACACUUAAAGAACCAUUUUAAUUAAUUUACCAAGACAUUUGGAAUUUAAAGUUAAUUUUACUCGUGCUUUUCAUCUGGUAAUUAUUUUUUACGGAUUCAUCGGAUGUUUUUGUCUUGUUUUAGCAUAUGUAGUUUCUGAAGAAUAUAGUGGCAAUGAAACCACCUGCCACUUCUUUCAGUGCAGUUCAAAUAUUGCUGAUCAUAUCUUGUUUUUACAUAGCAUUAAUGAUAACAUAGCAGACGGUGUACUGACGCUUAAUUGAAGAAAAUAAAACAAAGUAAGUUCCAUUAAACUACACAAAUAUCUAUUUACCCAAACUUAGAGGCAAACCACCAAUAAAGUCUCCAAAUUUUA